CUGGUUUGGCCUAUACACACAGCGGCAUCAUCAUGGCUGGGUCUGAGAGCGUGGACGAAGUGAAGGCGAGGCACAAGAAGGAGAUCAAGGCGCUCGAUGGCACCGGCAGGAAGCUGAUCAAGCAGGCCAACAAGCACAAGAAGAGAGUCGCGGAGGCGGAGGCGAGGAUUGCCGAGAUGGAAGUCGAAACCAAAGACCGACAUCGUAGAGAGCUCGAGGAAGCAACGGACGCCGCUGCUGGUGAUGGUGAUGGCGGCUCAGAAUCCACGACCAAGUCGCCACCUCCACCCUCCGUUACGGCCGCGGCAGAACCGGCGGCGAAGACCACGGGGGGCGGGGGUAGCGAGGUAGAUGGGGUCGCGGACGGAGUUGGAGCCAUGUCGGUGUCGAUGUCGGCAGAGGACCGUGAGAAGGAGAAGCGGAAUCAGAAGAGGGCCAAGUCUCAGCGCAAGCGCGAAAAGCAACGAGAAAAGGAGGCCGAGAGAGAGCAGCGCAUAGCGAAGGAGAAGGAGGAGGGGGGGGCGGACCCACGCAUCGUGGAGAUGGAUGUUCUGAAGUCGCAGGUCGCGCCGCGAGGGUUCCGCGUGAGCGAGAUAAAGGCGGACGGGCACUGCCUGUACCGAGCGGUGGCGGAACAGCUCUCCUUGACGGGGAGAAGGCCGGGGCUAACGGAGGAGUCCUACCCGCUCAUGAGGCAGGAGGCCGCAAGAGAACUGCGGUCCUCUCCUAGCGAGUACCUUCCAUUCCUGGACGGUCUGGAAGCGGGGGAGGAGUUCGACAAGUACUGCGUGAAGGUAGAAGGGAGUGCCGAGUGGGGCGGCCAGGUGGAGCUCCAGAUAGACACGAACUAG